AGGCGCAUACUCAGGCGCACGCGUACCUGGCCAGGCUCUCCACACAUCGCACCGCUCAGGUCGGGUUGCGAUUGCGCGAGCGAACCUGUACCGCGGGGGGCUCGUCAUCACGAUCGCCGCCUUCGCUCGCUACGGGACCGGCGCUCCAGUGCAGUUCCCGGUCUCGCGCCCUCACGCCCCGCCUCGGAAGCGGAGCUGAGGGGAAGGCCCGGCUGGUGGUCCCGGCUUCUGUUCUCAGUCGUAGCCCGGGCCGCCAUGUCGGCCGGGGAGGUGGAGCGGCUGGUGUCGGAGCUGAGCAGCGGGACCGGUGGGGAUGAGGAGGAAGAGUGGCUCUAUGGCGAUGAAAAUGAAGUUGAAAGGCCAGAAGAAGAAAAUGCCAGUGCUAAUCCUCCAUCUGGAAUUGAAGAUGAAACCACAGAAAAUGGGAUAUCAAAACCGAAGGUGACUGAGACGGAAGAUGAUAGUGAGAGUGACAGUGAUGAUGAUGAAGAUGAUGUUCAUGUCACCAUUGGUGAUAUCAAAACUGGAGCACCACAGUAUGGGAGCUAUGGAACAGCACCUGUAAAUCUUAAUAUCAAGACAGGAGGAAGAGUUUAUGGAGCUGCAGGGACAAAAGUCAAAGGUGUAGACCUUGAUGCACCUGGAAGCAUUAAUGGAGUUCCACUGUUGGAAGUAGAUUUGGAUUCUUUUGAAGAUAAACCAUGGCGGAAACCAGGUGCUGAUCUCUCUGAUUACUUUAAUUAUGGUUUUAAUGAAGAUACGUGGAAAGCUUACUGUGAAAAACAAAAGAGGAUACGAAUGGGACUUGAAUUAAUACCAAAUAAAAUUACGGCCGAAGACUAUACUAUGGAAGUUACACCAGGUGCAGAGAUCCAAGAUGGCAGAUACAAUCUUUUUAAGGUACAGCAGGGCAGAACUGGAAAUGCAGAGAAGGAAACAGUGCUACAGUCUGCCAAAACUGAGUUUACAUCUCCUCCUUCUCUAUUCAAAACAGGACUUCCUCCAAGCAGAAACAGCACCUCUUCUCAGUCUCAGACAAGUUCUGCCUCCAGAAAAGCCAAUUCAGGCAUCGGGAAGUGGCAGGAUCGAUAUGGGAGGGCCGAAUCACCUGACUUAAGGAGAUUAUCUGGCACAAUUGAUGUAAUUGGUCAGACUAUCACUAUUAGCCGAGUAGAAGGAAGACGGCGUGCAAAUGAAAAUAGCAACAUCCAGGUUCUUUCGGAACGACUGCUGCUGAAGUAGUCAGACAAUUGUAGCAAACCCCACCUCCAUUUUUUCCCUCCAGGAGCUCCUCCUACUCAUCUCCCACCACCUCCAUUUCUUCCUCCUCCUCCAACUGUCAGCACUGCUCCACCUCUGAUUCCCCCCCCAGGUAUUCCAAUAACUGUACCACCUCCAGGUUUUCCUCCUCCCCCAGGAGCUCCUCCUCCAUCUCUUAUACCAACAAUAGAAAGUGGGCAUUCUUCUGGAUAUGACAGUCGUUCUGCUCGUGCAUUUCCAUAUGGCAAUGAUUUUCUUUCGCAUCUAUAUAUUUGGAUUUCCAGUCAGUUCUCUCCUAUUUCUUUGGUGAAAUUUGCCUCUGGAAUCAAGUUGCUUUUCCUCAUCUUCCUGGUUCUGCCCCUUCAUGGCCUAGUCUUGUUGAUACCACCAAACAGUGGGACUACUAUGCCCGGAGAGAGAAAGAUAGAGAACGAGAGAGAGAACGAGAUCGAGAAAGAGAUCGCGACCGUGAUAGGGAAAGAGAACGUACCAGAGAGAGAGAGAGAGAACGUGACCACAGCCCGACGCCAAGUGUUUUCAACAGUGAUGAAGAACGAUACAGAUACAGGGAAUAUACAGAAAGAGGCUAUGAACGUCAUAGAGCGAGUCGAGAAAAAGAAGAGCGACAUAGAGAAAGAAGACACAGAGAAAAAGAGGAGACAAGACACAAGUCAUCUAGGAGUAAUAGUAGACGACGCCAUGAAAGCGAAGAAGGGGACAGUCAUAGGAGACACAAACACAAAAAGUCGAAGAGGAGCAAAGAAGGAAAAGAGGCUGGCAGUGAACCUGCCCCAGAGCAGGAGAGCACUGAGGCCACCCCUGCUGAGUAGGCCCGUAGUGCUUUCAUUAAGGCCAGAACUGGCUGCUUUAAAUCUUGUUCUUUUUCUGGAUAAUGUUCAGAAAUUUCUGCUUAAUCUUGUUCUGUUAGUAUAAAGAGAAAAGGUUAAUUUUUUUUUCCAAAAUAAAGUGAAUUUUUCAUGUCAA